AUGGAUACGGAUUCUUCUGAUGAAGAAGUAGAAUCUCAAUUUAAUUAUCAGUAUGAUGCACUGAAUAUUAGGGGUCAUAUCCCUGAACAAAAGGUUACUUCGGCUUUGAGGAUUUUAGGAUAUGGCAGACCUCCAGAUUCUAAUGAUGAGUACCUUCGCAUUGGAAAAACAACUGCAACAAAUGUUAUAGAAAUAUUAAAGCAGAAUCAGGAAAGGGGAUUUCCUGGAAUGCUGGGUAGUCUUGACUGCAUGCAUUGGGUAUGGACCGGAUGCCCUACCUAUUUGGCCGGUCAGUAUAAGGGUCACUACGCAAAACCAACAGUGAUCCUUGAGGCUGCUGCUUCUGAUGAUUAUUUAAAGUAUGGAAUUUCUCCUCAGAUAAAUUUCAGUAUCAACGAGAAUCACUACACUCAUGGUUAUUAUCUUGCAGAUGGAAUUUAUCCAAAAUGGUCAACUUUAGUUCAAUGUUACCGUCAGCCACCUGCCGGUGAAAUGGGUCGUUCAUACUCGUAUUUCAAUAGUAAACAAAUGAAUCUGAGAAAGGAUGUGGAACGGGCUUUUCGAAUUUUGAAGCGGAAGUUCGCAAUCGUUUGUGGGACUUAUCGUGGUUUAAGUGCUCGUGAAAUGCAUAAGACUAUGCUGACUUGCAUCAUUAUGCAUAACAUGGUUGUCCAGGAGACCCGUCGUAAUAAGAAUUGGACUAACCAUCAAGAUGAAGACUUACGGACUGAGAUUAUACCAACUAGAGGAUUACCUGCAAGGAACUAUGCGCAAAUGACCAGUCAUAUUAAGAACAGAACUUUGUAUACCAGGUUGAAGCAAGAUCCCAGAGCGAAUCUGUGUGCUGAGUUUGGAAGAGAUGGGGGACGAAUUGAGUAG